AUGGGUGAAACGAUAUGGGGCCGGAUUCUCUUGGACCUUCAGCGAGAAGGUCUUGAUGUCGAGUCAGGAGAGCUAGAGGAAGCCAUGAGGCGUAGAGCAAGUCACUGGAACACUGUUUCUUACCCAUAUGGGAGUGAAGCACCGUGGGACUCGACAGGCCAGGAAGGAGUGUAUUAUUGGACCAAGUAUUUCGGACUUUCGACCCUUGCAGAGAAAACUGUUAACAGCGUCCUGGGUUUUCAUGCUUAUCGAUAUUGGGACUUAUCAAUUGCUGCCAAGAUGAAGAGAUUUGAGCGUCAAGUUCACCAUUACUCUAUUGGGAAUAGGAGAAGAUCGUGCUCUCUCCGCAUGCUUGAGCUGGUACAAGCAGCAUACGAGUUACUGCGGUAUUAA